CAUACACCUAGGCUCCAGGCAUACCCACAGCAACACAGACCCCAACGCUGAGUUCUUUGAGGAGAAGGGAGAAGGCUGUGCAUUUUGGUAAAGCCACAGUGCCUGGAUUGGCCAGAGAAAUGGCCAGGAAAGAACUUCCAACCAGCAUGGAGGACACAAUGGAGAUCCCAGCUCUUGAUCGACUCUUACAUCUUGAUCCUUUCAUCUCUGACCCAAGGGAGCCAGAACUCCGAAUUGUUCUUGUGGGGAAAACAGGGUCUGGGAAAAGUGCAACAGGAAACACCCUCCUGGGCAGAACAGAAUUUGAGUCCAAGUGUUCAGGAGGGUCAGUCACCAAGGUCUGCAAGAAAGCCAGAACCACAUGGAAUGGAAGGAACAUUUGUGUUAUUGAUACUCCAGGCAUUUUUGACACUGAUACCAAGGAGGAUAAAAACCUGAAUGAAAUUGCUCAUUUCAUGACACUGUCCUCUCCAGGACCACAUGCUCUACUCCUGGUGUUGCAAGUGGGCCGUUUCACCCAGGAGGAGAAGGCAGCCAUUGAACGCCUUUACAAAAUUCUAGACACUGAAGCAGUGAAGUUUUUGAUCAUUGUAUUCACUGGAAAAGACAAACUAGGAGAAGAAAGCCUAGAGGAUUACUUAGGAACCAUUCAUGACUCUUAUUUCAAGGAGUUUUUGGAGAAGUGUGCCCAUCGAUGCUGUGCAUUUGACAAUAAUGCUACUGGAGCCCAGAGAGAUGCCCAGAUUUCAGAGCUGAUGGCCAUGGUUGGAAACAUGGUGCAAGAUAAUGGGGGCGGCCACUACAGCAACAGUAUAUAUGAAUCUGUGGAAGAGCUCCUGCAGAAAGAGACAGAAGCUCUUCAGCAAUGCUACAAGGAGCAGUUUGAGAGGGAAAGAGAAGAAAUGAUAUGGAAUUAUGAAAAUCAAAUACGAGAGUUGAAGAAGCAAAAGGAAAAAUGGGAAAUAGAAAAGAAAAUGGAAGAAUUUGAAAAGAAAAUGCAAAAUCUUGAGGAUGAGAUGAAUCAAGAGUUUGAAGAGUUAAACGGGAGGUACCAGAAAAAUUAUCACUAUGCCCGAAAUGAGACUGAGAAUGAUGACAAUAUAUAUUUGGAAAUUUUCAAGAUUAUUUUGUCCUGUGUGUUCAAUUUGCUCUAAUUUUUCAUUCGAAAGUCUUUUGACUGUCAGAAUUAUUUCAUGUCUAGUUUCUACUAUAUGUGCUGUCAGUUCAAAGUGAAGUUAGGUAAUGGAGAUCCUAUGGUUAAUAAAUGAUUUAAACAUCAGUUGAAUCUAAGUCUCCUGAUUACAAGUUUAAGGUCAUUUGUGGGCCAUCACACUGUUUUCAAAAAAAAUAUUUUGCAGUAUUAGAUAUAUCUUCUAAUUUCUUAUGUUCAUUUCUUAAGUUCUUAUAGUAACAAGCACCUUGGCCCAACAACCAAAAGGCAAGAACACAAAAUUCAUUGUGUACAAUUAAGAAAUAUCUUUCUGAACUCCACUGUUUCCUUUUUCCCCCCGUGGAAAGGAUUUCUCCUUUUAGUUCUCAUUACUCGUAUUAUACUCAUUCUUUAAGAACUGGCUCAAAACUCAUCAUCUCUCCCUAAAUCUUUCCUAACUCCUCUCCUUUUACAUUCUGAUGAUAUUUACUCUCUCCCUUUUACAGCACUUCCUAUAUAGAUUUUCCCAGAUUAUAGGUCACAGGUUGCCUUUUUAAUGUUAACAUUUUGUCACUCAAGGGUGCAUUGUUUUCAUAAAUAUAUUGUUAGUUUUUUAGGUAAGGAAGGCUGAAGCUUCUAUUUGAAUUGUCAUUCCUUCUUAGAAGCCCUCCUCAAGACUUUUUAUUUACUAUUAUUGGUUUGUAAAAAUCAAGAAGCAGAAACAAUCUCAAGUUAAAGGGAAAUUGUCGUAAUUGUCACAUUGUGAUUGUCAUAAGCAGUAGUCAGAAUGUAUACUUCAAUACAUACCUGCAGAUAGCCCAAGAGAAAGAUUGUAAAGCUCCCCCACAUUGCUCCAAUUUUUAUAUCCUUGAUCUCCAUUUUUUAUAUCCUUGAUCAAGCAGUUACACUGGUUUCUUCUCUUUACCAAACAUUGCUACCCAUGUGAUAUAAUAUUGAUGCAAGUCCUAUAUUUUAUCUUAAGAAAUUCUGUUUUCAAGGACAUUCCCAGUUUACAAACAAUCCUAUAAUUUUAUCAACAAAACUAUUGCCUCUUUUUCUAUUUUACAACUUUGGAGGUCAACACAAAUUAUUUUCACUUACAAUAACAUUCUCUUACAGUCAUAUACAAAAUUUAACUCUUCAGUAUGAAUGUGAAAUUUUGAAUUCACACCAAACCUUUAAGAAGAUAUAUAAGAAGACAUAUUAGAAACCAGUCCAGGGAUUUGGACUAAUUCAGAGUGCAAUAUAUGAUUUGUUCCUAGAAUGCUCUCAUAAUCUGAGCUGCUACUUUUAGGGGAGUUAUUUUUUAUUUUUUAAAAGGUUGGGUGGUAUUUGGGGGGAUUUUCUUUGUUUUGUUUGUUUGUUUUUGCCUUUCACUUUUCAACAUGGAAAUGUACUUACCUUUAUUCUGUUUCCUAAGUUCACCUGCUAUGUCUGAUUAAUAAAUUGCAAAAAUAUA